AUGCCAAGAGGAUUUUUGGUGAAAAGAAACAAGAAGUCGUCUCCAGUUUCCUACAGGGUUCGCACCGAGGAGAAAGCGGACUACCGGCACUUGCGGGACGUUCACCCUCCGAGCCCCGCGGUUCCCGCGGCAGGACAGGGGGACCCGCGGGUGCAGGCGGCGGCUCCCCGGAGAGGCGGCCCCGAGCCGCGCAAUGAUGGGUUGGCGCGGGAUAAAGUCCGGGACGCCAACCCGGGUCCGGGACCGGGACCGGGACGCGGCGCUUUCCACGCCGAGCCGCCUCUUGCAGACGGCGACAUCUCUCGCCGGGCCAGCGCGCCCCACAGCCCGGCCCCGCCCGGGGGGGCGGAACAGCCGGUACACCCCUUCUCGGACCGGUGCCUGGACUCGCCGGCCUCGGGGGAGUCCUUCCCGGUCGGCGCCUCCCUGAACCCGAGAGAGCGGCUUCUGCUGCACCCGCCCUUCUCGGCCGUGCGCGCCCCGGCGGACGGGGCCGCCGCUCACCUGUUCUCACCUGUGCGUCUGCCGACGAGCAGCAGCAGCAGCAGCAGUCAGCGAGGAGCCGCCGCCGAGCAAAGCCAACGCAAGAGCAAGUCCCCCGCCACCGCCGCCACCAUCACCGCCACCAUCAACCCCCCGAAGAAGCCCAAAGUCAUCAGGAAACUCAGCUUCCAAGACGAGAUGACCACCUCUCCGGUCCUGGGUCUGAGGAUCAAAGUGGACGCCGGCGACGCCAAACUGCGCCCCUCGAGGCGCGGCGGCGCUCUGGGGGCGUUCAUCUGCCAACUGUGCAAAGAGCGCUACCCGGACCCCUUCUCUCUGGCUCAGCACAAGUGCUCCAGGAUCGUCCGCGUGGAAUACCGCUGCCCCGAGUGCGAGAAGGUGUUCAGCUGCCCCGCCAACCUGGCGUCCCACCGCCGCUGGCACAAGCCGCGCCCGGGGGGGCCGAGCGGCCAGGCUCAGGCCGGCAAGAAGCCGGGCGAGGCGGACUGGGAGAGCGAGGAGAACACGGGCAGCAAGCGGGGCGGAGGCGGAGGCGGCGGGGAGUCGCCGCCCGGCGCCGUUCAGCACUUGGACAGCUCCGGGGAGAGCCCGGUGUCGCCGGGGCUGUCGGCGGCGGACGGGGGGGAGCUGUUCCAGUGCUGUUACUGCAGCAAGAGGUUCCGCCGCCAGGCGUACCUGAAGAGGCACCUGACCGCGCACAGGCAGCGCGCCGCACGGUCAGCCCCUGCCUGCCCUUCCCCUGCCAGCUCUGCGGGGCGCCCCUGCCCUCGGCGGAGGUCCGGGACAAGCACCUGUGGGGGAGAGCAGGCGGCGCAGAUCUACCCGUGCAAACACUGCCCGUCCACCUUCGUGAGCUCGCCCGGUCUGACCCGGCACAUCAACAAGUGCCACCCGUCAGAGAACAGGCAGGUCCUGCUGCUCCAGAUCCCCCUCAGACCAGGCUGUUGA